UCCCCAAUCCUCUGUCGGCAGAAAUACGCCCUCUACUGGUCUGGUAGUAGUAAUAGUUUGUAUAUUUGUUUUUACACUAUAAGACAAUGGCCGCUCUUGGGAUCCAUCUUGUGGUCCUCCUUGCCACUAUGAUGUCCGCUUACUGCAGUCCUGAUCCCAGUCUAGACAACCACUGGCAGCUGUGGGCUAAAACUCACCAGAAAUUAUAUGACAACAAGGAAGAUGAACUAACCCGACGUGUGAUCUGGGAGGAGAACCUAAAGUUUAUCACAGUCCACAACCUGGAGUAUUCGCUGGGUGUUCAGUCCUACGAAGUGGGGAUGAACCAUCUGGGAGACCUGACAGGUGAAGAAGUGACCUCCGCAAUGGUGGGAUUCCAAUAUAUGGACCUAUCCGUGGCCAAUGCUUCAGGUUUGCCCGAAGAUGUGUCAAAGUCCAAGGUAGCAGAGUCAAUGGACUGGAGAAAUCAGAACUGUGUGACGGAUGUGAAAGAUCAGGGACUUUGCAGUUGCAGUUGGGCGUUCAGCAGCGUGGGGGCGCUGGAGUGCCAGGCGAAACUCCGGAAAGGCAAACUGGAGUCUUACAGUGCUCAGAACCUGGUGGACUGUUCCCGUUCCUAUGGAAACAAUGGAUGUGAAGGGGGAUUCAUUGCGGCUGCUUAUAGAUAUAUCAUCCAGAACAGCAUAGAGCUUGACAGCACUUACCCCUAUGAAGGCAAGGAUGGAACUUGCCACCUCAAUCACACUAAAAAGGCGGUCACCAUUACUAGCUACAAACAGGUCCCAUACGCAGAUGAACAUGAGAUGAAGCAAGUUGUGGGGAAGGUGGGUCCCGUGUCGGUAGCCAUUGAUGCCAGCCGCAGAUCUUUCCACUUGUACAAGAAAGGUGUAUACUAUGACCCACUGUGCUCCAGCGCACAAACUAACCACGCCGCCCUCGUCAUUGGCUACGGUGCUGAGGACGGAAUAGAGUAUUGGCUGGUUAAGAACAGCUGGGGACCAUCCUUUGGCGAACAAGGGUACAUUAAGUUGGCCAGAAACCACUAUAACCACUGCGGGAUUGCAAGCUUUGCCUCCUAUCCAGUGAUGUAAAGUCAUCUCUUCCUAACCCUGCCACGGCUGCUACGUGACCAAUAAUAUAAUAUUGUUUCUGCUCCUGGAGGUCAUCACCUCACAGAACACGUGGUACUGCUUCUGUAAAUGUUAUUUAUGAUAAUGCACACACUACUGUAAAUGAUACGGAUAUUAAAAGUCACCGACCACU